AUGUCGGCGGUGAGUUCCUCUGCGAGGGGCUCAGGCGAACAGAGGUUGUUCGAUGCGUUCAUCGAAGUCUUUACGCGCGACAGAGUACUCAAGAUCCAGUACGACACGCCCUACGUCAAAGGUCUGCCCAUCACGCUCUCGGUGCGCGAGGCCGACGCAGACGUUGCCGGCUCGUAUCAAGAACGCCUCGUCCGCCCGACGUAUGCCGAUGCCUACACGGCCGAGUUUGAGGCGCUGGCGCAGGCCAUUGUGGAGGGCAAGGAGUUGAAGAGUGGCCCGCAGGAUGCGAUUCAAGACGUCGACAUUUGGGAAAUGAUGCUGGCACAUCUCAAUUGA